GGCCGGGGCCGGUUUCAGCCCCCAGGUUAGGACGUGACUCCGAGGGGAGCCGGGUGCGUCUGGAGCAGCAGAACCAGCCAGGACCCCCGGAGACCCGGACACGUGGAUUGGGGCCCGGGGGAGCGUCGCUCGGCCCGGGGCGGGAGCCUGGCAGCGCAGAACCCGCGGGAGGAGCCGAAUGGCCCCGAGCAUGGAGAUGCAGCCAGCUCUGGGGGGGAACACGUCCGCACGCCACAAAGCUAGAAAGAGUCCUGCUGCCGGCGGGAACUGAUCGCGGUCAUGCAGGCUCCGUGAUGGCGGAGGACCAUGAAGGGGACCAAGCUGCUGACGGUGGCUUUGGCCCUGCUGACGCUGCUGGCCCUGAAGGCCUACAUGGACUGGAGCCUGGAGCAGCCCGAGGGCCUGCUCCCCCCUGAGCCCGCCUGGCCCACCACUCCCAACCCGCUGGCCGAGCCGCUGGGGGACGACCUGGCGGGGCUGCCGCUCCGGCUCAACGCCUCGCUGCAACGGCUGCGCAGCACCGUGCCCGAGGCGGACGCCUACUGGAACCGCCAGCAGCACGGGCUCUUCCGGGCGCUGGAGGGGGGCCCGGCCAACGGCACGCGGGGCUGCGGGGACGGGCCGGCCGCGGCGGCCGAGAUCAGCGACUUCGCCUCGUACCCGGAGCAGCACCGGCGCUUCGUGCUGCACGCCGAAUGCCGCAGCUUCCCGCUGUUGGUCAACCAGCCCCACAAGUGCGCCGGCAACCGGACCUUCCUGCUGCUGGCCAUCAAAUCGGUGCCGGGCAACUUCGCUGCCCGCCAGGCCGUGCGGGAGACCUGGGGCCGGGAGGGGGAGCACGGGGGGCGGCCGGUGCGCACCCUCUUCCUGAUGGGCGCGGCCCACGGCCAGCACCAGCCUGACCUGCGGCGCCUGGUCGCCUACGAGAGCCGGGCCUACGGCGAUGUCCUGGUGUGGGACUUCGAGGACACCUUCUUCAACCUGACCCUCAAGGACGUGCUCUUCCUGGGCUGGGCGCUGGCGCACUGCCCCUCCGCCCGCUUCGUGCUCAAGGGCGACGAUGACGUCUUCAUCAACACGCCGCGGGUGCUGGCGUACCUGGGGGCGCUGCCCGGGCGCCGGGCCCAGGCGCUCUACAUGGGGCAGGUCAUGGCCCACGCCGCCCCCUUCCGCCAGGCCAGCAGCAAGUACUACAUCCCCGAGUCCUUCUACGCCGGGCCGUACCCGGCCUACGCCGGCGGGGGCGGCUACAUCUUCUCGGGCCGCCUGGCCCCGGCCCUCUUCCUGGUGGCCCAGCACGUGGCCUUGUACCCCAUCGACGACGUCUACGCCGGGCUGUGCUUCCAGGCGCUGGGGGUGCGGGCCGAGGCCCACCCCGCGUUCCAGACCUUCGACAUCGCCGAGAAGGACCGGGCCGACCCCUGCGCGCACCGCCAGCUCUUCCUGGUGCAUCGCCGCAGCCCCCAGCAGACCCUGCGGCUGUGGCGGCAGCUGCACGACCCCCAGCUGAAAUGCUGAGCUGGGGGGGUGGCGGGGGCACCGGCAGGGCAAGAGAACGGAAACGAGGGCUCGGUUCUUCCCUCCCGCUGCGUUUCCCCGGCCCCCCUGCUCCGAGCCGGGCACAGGGCAUGGAACCGGGCGGGAGCUCUGUGCCUGGGGUGGGGGGCACGGCUCUGUCGUUCCCGGAGGGGCCAUUAAAGAGCGUCUGGCCAGACUGUGG